AUGGGUAUUCAUGGUAUUUACAAAGAGAUCGGCCCAGGCAGACGCGUAGCACUGUCCAAACUCGCCGUUGAAAAGUUCGAAGAGACUGGCCGACCACUGCGCAUCGCUAUUGAUACAUCCAUAUGGCUCUUUCAGAUACAGGCCAGCAAAGGUGGAACUAACCCGGCCUUACGAACUUUCUACUACCGUCUUCUUCGAUUGAUCGCCCUCGCUAUUCACCCCAUUUUUGUUUUCGACGGACCAAACAAGCCCCCGUUCAAGCGAAAUAAACGUACCGGGCCCAAUGUCGCCUCUAUCCCCGAAUUCCUCGCAAAGCAGCUUCUGAAACAGUUCGGCUACCCUAUACAUCUUGCGCCGGGCGAGGCAGAGGCAGAAUGCGCAUUGUUACAAAGAGAAGGGAUCGUUGAUGCAGUGCUGAGUGAGGAUGUUGACACCCUCAUGUUUGGAAGUGGUAUCACGAUACGCAACUGGUCUCCAGAGAAGUCUGGAAACACGCCCACCCACGUGAACGUCUACGAUGCGGUUGAGACAAAGAACGGACAAUCGGGGCUUGACCGCGAGGGGAUGAUCUUGGUCGCGAUGAUGAGCGGUGGAGAUUAUGUGCCAGAAGGUAUACCAGGCUGUGGACCAAAGACAGCAUGCGAGGCUGCAAAGGCGGGAUUUGGCGCCGAGCUGUGCAAGAUUCCCAAGAACGACGCCCGAGCCAUGUCUGAAUGGAAGGCAAGGCUGCAGCACGAGCUCAAGACGAACGAAAGCAAGAUAUUCAAACGCAAACACGGAGCUCUCAAGAUACCAGACGACUUCCCACGGUUGGAUAUUCUUGGAUACUACACACAUCCGGCAAUCUCGAACCAGGCUGGGUUGGACAAGUUGCGUCGGUCCAUCAAUUGGGACAAGGAGCUGGACUUCUCAGGCCUACGCGAGUUUACGCAUGAUGCAUUCGAUUGGGUCAAGUUAGAGGGCGCGAAGCACUUCAUUCGCAGUCUUGCGCCGUCCAUGGUUGUUCGUCAGCUACGAAUGUGCGCGGAACAGCGUGAGCGAUUACCUACCACAAAUGUCCAGGCAAUACAGGAAGACGAGUCACUUGUGGUCAAAGGCCUUCAUGGGAAACGUCAGCAUCCUGUUACCGAUAACUGUACAGAGCUACGAGUUAGCUUCACACCCAUUGAACUCGUUAAGAUCGAUUUGAGUAAAGAAGACCCGGAUGAUGAUAUCGAGAUACCGCCACCCAGCUCACAGCAAGCUGGAGGAGAUGCAGAUCUCGAUGAUGACAUGGACGACGAUGGACCAAAGAAACGUGGACCCACCAAAUUUGAUCCUACGAAGGAUGCACGAAUAUGGGUGAUGGAGACAUUCGUGAAGAUUGGCGUUCCACUAAAGGUUCAAGACUGGGAAGCAGAGCGACAAAGGAAGUUAAAACCCAAGCGUGCAGCAACACCCCAGGAAUCUGUUGAUACUGCACCGAAGACCAAGCCUGCGGCCAAAAGGAAGACGACCAAGAACCAGCCCCAGGCUCGUAUUGAGACGUUUGCAAAGGUUACCAAACCUGGGUUGAGGUUGGCGCGAGCUCUUGCGCAGUCGCAAGAAAAGAUUUCCGAUCCUCCCCUAACACCGCCUCGGCCGACGACACAACCACAAGAAGACGUGUUAGAUUUGUCGUCUCCAUCCCCAGUGAGAACUCGGGCUCAGGCACCACCACAACCACAACGCCAGAAGUCCCUGUCUCCAGUGCCGAUCGAACUGCCUCCAAGUGUAACUAAGCGGAGAAGGCGUGCCCCAAUCCAGCGCUCAAAGACACUUCCUGCAGAUACCAGUACCAUACUUGAUCGACCCUCGACGCCUCCUCUUCCUACCUCGAUAGAGACACUGGAUCUUGUUGACUCGCCUGCCCGCCCCUCCCCUUCACAGCUGCCCGCCAAGAAAGCGAAGACACGGCGAACGAAAGAUGCAGCGACCACAAGAGCAUCUCGCGAUAAAUCCGUACAUAUACCAUCUGUGAAGUCGAUGCAGUCUACAUUAGAUGCAUGGCGAGCAUCAGUCACGCCAACCAAGCCACGACGCGCAACCCCAGCUCUCGAUUCACAGCCGGCUCCUCCGCCACCGCGACUUCGCUCCGUAUCGGAAGAAGUUGACUCCCUAGAUUUGACCCUCUCGCCGGAAGACUCGGGUGCGGCGCGAAUCCAUCAGGAUGACAGCGCUGUUCUAAGGAUUGUUGCAUCAUCUGUGGCACGCCCACCAUUAACAUCCUUAUCACCAAAUACUUCGAACACGUCCACGCAAUCAAGAUCCUCCGGCUCGGCUAAGAAGAAGAGCGUAAAAGAUAUCUUUGGACCUCGCCGCACCUCGCCUCGUCUUAGCAAAAUCACAUCUGCACCUGCUGAACUUGCUACUCUGGAUCUCACAUCUCCGCGUUUGGCGCCAGCGAAACCGAAACAGACAUCUCCAACAGUUGAUACAAUUGACUUGACAGAGCUAUCAUCGCCUGUAUUUGAGCGUGUAUCAGAGCCCCAGCAGCAACCGUCAGUCACAGCGCUGAUAUCUCCACCGCAGACACAUUCCUCGCCGUCAUUACGAAGUCAGAAGUCCACUUCACCCCAGCAGCCAUCCCGAGCCUCGCCGCCAGCAGCAUGGAAGGCAAGGGAGAGGAAGAAACGCGCAAUCAUUUUGCGAAAGAGCGUACCUGGUGCGUGGGAUUUCGUGGAUGUAGACAGCCCUGAGAAGACAGGUGAAGGCGCAGUAGGACUUGUACCGAAGGGCAAAGAUAGACGCAAAUGGCGAGAAAGCGCUGUUGAAGAGCUGGAUCUGACUUAG